AUGACUCCUCAGCAAGUCCAUGACUUCUAUUGGGAGCAAUUUCACUCGAUCUACCUUUGCAAUGCCUUCGUCGAAGAAUCCACCAUCUGGAAGUCUCUGUGCAAGAUGCAAAUGAAGGCCAAGAACGCUGGUAAAGUCUGGUCACUCGCAGUUCUCCAGCGCACAAUUACGGAAAUCAUUCAGGUGGACCUCAAGCAUCAUCAAAUGCUUGAUCAACAUGGCUCUGCCGAUUCCACUACCCGUCUCCAACAUCUUGCUGCUCCUGCCUACCCGUCGUCUGCCCCGUCUGCUCCGACGGCUUUCGUCGCACACUCUCUCACGUUACCGUCUUGGGCCCAUGCCGACUAUCGUCUUAAUCCUGGAAAAUCUUGCUUCUACUGCGGCCAACCUGGGCAUGCUAUGGACAGCUGCGAUGAGAUCGUCUACGACUACAAUCGGAACACACCUCGUCCCCAUGUUCCUACCAACAUCUUCAAAAAGCAUGGUGGCCGCAAGUCGACUUCUUCACCCGCCAUUCAAGACGACCAUGCUCAACAUCACCGAGCUUCCCGUCGUCGUGAUGACGACGAUAGCAACGACCGCAGUCGUUAUCCUCCACGAGACAGCAAUCAGCCGGCCCGCACAUCAACGACCGAUCAAUCUCGGCGCAACCAAGACACCAACAAUCGAAGUACUCGCGCUAACAGCCGGCGCCGCGCCUCCGCGGAUGGCCAUGCAUCACGUGCUACCCUGCAUCUCGGCCACCCCACCCCAUGCAUUCUUCGGGUCAAUCCCGCAUCACCCCCCCUCGUCAAAACCACUUCUACCAUCCAAUGCUACUUGGGCCUCCCCAAAUCACACUUCCAACACUGCUCUCACAACCGCGACACAUUCACUGCCCCUGUCGUCUACGACAACCAUUGCUUCCUCAACCAAGCCGCCUCCCAACUCUACUUCCUCUCCCUAUCUGCCGCAGUCUUCGUCCGCGCGUCGUUCUCCUCAUCCUCGCUCAACGAACACGACACUGUGGAAGAAUUCUUUGACUCCACCGCACCUCCGGUGGCCAACCCAGCUGACGCAUGGCGAGCUGGACUUGCCCCUACUCACGAUCACUUCGCCUUUCACGUUGGUCUUGUUGACUCGUCUCUCAGUCUCAAAGUCUCUUACGAUGAAUCGUCUGCUCCUACCGUCUACAAGUCUGACUCUUGUCCUCAACUCUCUCAAGACCGGAUCAUCGACUCGGGUGCCACUGUCUCUUGCACGCCUCACAAGUCCUACUUCCGCCUGUCCAAGUUCCGCUCGUGCUCUAUGACCCUUACCGUUGGGGACGGUGGUCAACUUCCCAUUCUCGGUUACGGACCCGUGGACUUAACCGUUUUAUCGCGCAACAUCACCAAGGGUCCCGACCAUCACUCCGAACCCCACUUCCUCUCCUUGCCCUUUGGUCUCUACUGUCCUAACCUCAAGAUCAACCUCCUCUCCGUGCGCCACGCAGUCUCCUCCGGAUAUCAGGUGAAAUUCGACCACCCUGAGCAGUGUCUGUUCAUCCUAGACAAAGCCUACUACUUUCGUGCCGCUGUGAACAUCUUGGGGCUCUACUCCUUCUCGGCCACGGGAGUACCCCCUGGCUCCCCUCUCCCACCUCGUGUCACUCUCACAACCCGGGCCAUGUUUGACGGUUUCAAAGCCUUCCUCAUGGCGAACCCAGUCAGUCCACCCCUACCAUCCCACCCACCGUCUCUACACAGCACAGCCUUCACGUUGUCUGCUCAUUUCCCUUCUCACCACCAAGCCCUCAAUGCGUUCCCAACGACGCUCCCGCCGUCCACGCUUUUGGCGACUCUCGUCUGCCCAACGAUGCCCUUCUUCGACGAUGGCACGAACGUCUUGGCCACCCCAGUGCCACCGUCUUCCGCUCUCUCGUUGCCGACCACCCCGAACUCUCCGGCUAUCGCACACGGAACUUCAAACCCUUCGACUGCGACGUCAGUGAUCUACGAACGAUUCCGUCUGCAUGCUACGUCUAUCUUCAAACGUGAUAUCGACACCAUUCGCUACGCGGCACCGUCCGACAUAGGCAACCUCCAAGCGGACAAUGCGAAGGUAUUCGAAAAGCUUGGUCGCCUCGUGCUCGCCAAGUACCACACCAAAACUACGUUCAGCAACGCCUACUCUCCAUCUUAA